GCAUGUGCUAUGAUCGUCGUCCGUCUUUGCCUCGUUCUUCGUCCUGAACUUGCACCAGCCAACCACAUACUCCACCAAAAUGGCUAAACUGACAAUGCAAUCCACCGUCAAAUUCCAUGACGGGAAUGAGAUACCGGUUCUCGGUUUUGGAACGUACGAACUCGAUGGCAAGGCCGCUUACGAUGCAGUAACUUGGGCGUUGGAGGCGGGCUAUCGUCACAUUGAUUCCGCGGCGUGGUACGAAAACGAGCGCGAGGUUGGACAAGCCAUCCAAGACUUCUGCUCUUCGACCGGCACACCCCGCUCGGCGAUCUUCUACACCACCAAACUGAAGCUAAACAACGGGUAUGCCAACGUUAGAAAGGCAAUCGAUCGAUCACUCUCCGAAUGCGGAUUGGAAUACAUCGACCUGUACCUCAUCCACGGACCUCUCGGUGGCCCGCAAAUGCGGAAGGAGAGUUGGAGAGCGUGCAUUGAUGCGAAGAAAGAGGGAAAGCUACGCAGCAUCGGGAUCAGCACGUUUGGCGUGGGUCAUAUGAAGGAACUCUUGUCCGAACCUGGGGUAGAGGUACCAGUGUGCACGCAGAUUGAUCUUCACCCAUUCAUGACCCGCACGGACGUCGUCGCUUUCUGCAAGGAACAUGAUAUCAAACUUGAGGCGUGGGCCCCGCUUGUGCGGGGUUUACGCUUCGAUCACCCGUCCAUUGUCUCUUUUGCCCGAAAGUACAGCAAGCAACCAGCGCAGGUGUUGAUCAGGUGGUCCCUCCAAAAGGGUUUCAUCCCCAUUCCGAAGUCCGCUUCCAAACACCGCAUCACGUCCAACGCGGAUGUUUUCGACUUCGAGCUGACUGAGGAGGACAUGGCCCACCUCGAUAGCCUGGACGAAUACCUCGUGACUGAUUGGGAUCCGACGAACUGCGCAUAAAGAAGCGUUCUCGCACACCAAUCUGAAAACGUAAAGGGGCCGGGGCUAUGGGGGGUGUUGACAAGCCUGUCGCGCAAGCUGAGGUCAUAGGUCGUAUCCCUACGAAAACAAACGAACGUACGAUGGUCGGUAACCGAGAAAUAAUGUGCGGGAUUGUAUUGAAAUGAAUGCGCUGGCUACCGGAGGGCCCUCGCGCAACUUUGUGUUCACGUUUCUCCACGUUCCUCAUCAACGAUCCAG